UAGUGGUCCAGAGUAAAGAGGAAUCACAUACUCACCUGGAAAUCAGAGGAUAUUGGACACAGGCCACCUGCCAAUCAUACCUGGGAAUAAAACUACAUCUGUUCAAGGACUUAUCUUUUGAAUUAAGGAGAAUAAAGUCUACAGGCAUGGAAAAACAACUGCUCCUCAGUAUUUUGUUGGUGACACUGUCCUUGGAAUUUAUGGCCACCUAUGCUCAGAGCAAUACAACCACAAUAGCACCAGCCAGCAACGCAACUACAAUAGCACCAGCCAGCAACGCACCUACAGUAGCACCAGCUAGCAACGCACCUACAAUAGCACCAGCGAGCAACGCACCUACAGUAGCACCAGCUAGCAACGCACCUACAGUAGCACCAGCUAGCAACGCACCUACAAUAGCACCAGCCAGCAACGCACCUACAGUAGCACCAGCCAGCAACGCACCUACAGUAGCACCAGCCAGCAACGCACCUACAGUAGCACCAGCUAGCAACGCACCUACAGUAGCGCCAGCUAGCAUCGCACCUACAGUAGCACCAGCCAGCAACGCACCUACAGUAGCGCCAGCUAGCAACGCACCUACAGUAGCGCCAGCCAGCAACGCACCUACAGUAGCACCAGCUAGCAACGCACCUACAGUAGCACCAGCUAGCAACGCACCUACAGUAGCACCAGCUAGCAACGCACCUACAGUAGCACCAGCCAGCAACGCACCUACAGUAGCACCAGCUAGCAACGCACCUACAGUAGCACCAGCUAGCAACGCACCUACAGUAGCACCAGCCAGCAACGCACCUACAGUAGCACCAGCUAGCAACGCACCUACAGUAGCACCAGCUAGCAACGCACCUACAGUAGCACCAGCUAGCAACGCACCUACAGUAGCACCAGCCAGCAACGCACCUACAGUAGCACCAGCUAGCAACGCACCUACAGUAGCACCAGCUAGCAACGCACCUACAGUAGCACCAGCUAGCAACGCACCUACAGUAGCGCCAGCUAGCAACGCAACUACAGUAGCACCAGCUAGCAACGCACCUACAGUAGCCCCAGCUAGCAACGCACCUACAGUAGCGCCAGCUAGCAACGCAACCACAGUAGCGCCAGCUAGCAACGCAACUAAAGUAGCGCCAGCUAGCAACGCAACUACAGUAGCACCAGCUAACAACGCAACCACAGUAGCACCAGCUAGCAACGCAACCACAGUAACACCAGCUAGCAACGCAACCACAGUAGCACCAGCUAGCAACGCAACCACAGUAGCACCAGCUAGCAACGCAACCACAGUAGCACCAGCCAGCAAUGCAACCACCGUGGCACCAGCUAAUAAUGCAACCACAGUAGCAUCAAACACACUCCCGGCAGUGGCCAGUAUUUCUCGACAAGAAUGUGGCUCCUCAAAGCUCUGUGCAGCUGAACCCUCAAAGUGCGAUCCCUCUUCCACAACCUGCUAUUUCGUUUCUGCCAAGCAACAAAGUGGCCAAACGUACAACUUUGAGCUCUCAGGACAGACAGACGGCUACAUUGCUGCUGGGGUGUCUAAUGCUGCAUCUCAGACUGCCAGUCACAGAGCCUAUUUCUGCGCUAACCACAAAGGUGCUGUCCGUUUCUUCACUGGCUUCAUCAAUAAUCUGGUUCUAAAUCUCACACAGACACUAACAACAACCAAUGUGAAGGGAUCAGUCAACUCAGGAAAAAUCCAGUGCACAUUUUCAGCUGACCUACCUGACACGACGACACGAGCAGCAGAUUAUGCUUUGUCUGUUACAACUGGACCUUACAAUGCCACUUCCGGGGAACUGGGAAACGCAAACUUCAGAAUCCUAACACCUCUUGUGAACCUCACUGACACUACCACCAACGUCACCAAUUUGCUGAGCAACAGCACUAACAGCACCUCCUCUGCUUAUCCGGUCACACACACACAGUCAUUUUUGCCAGUUCUGCUGGUCACCGUGUCUCUGCUGGCUUUCACAGCAGUAUGAAGCAACUUAUCUCCACCAUGUUAGAAAAAGGCUGUAACGUCUCUAUCAAUGAGCACAGACGACUAAGAUCAAAAAUGGAGCAGGUCUUGGACAGAUUUUCCUACUUUGGGAGGAUCCAUUUUGUGCUGACUCAGUUUUGUUAUUUUAAGAACAACUCUUCAAGCCUCUGCUCCGCUGCUUCUUGUCAAGUUUACAAGCCUUUGUGAUUCUGAAUCAAAAGAGAAAUUAUGUCAAAUGCUUCCUCUUUAGUUCUAUAAAACUAUUUACCCACAAGACUUCUGGAAUUCUGCUCUGUGAUGUAAAACUUUUCUACAAA